UAACUAGUGGGUAGUGCCUUUUUCCUUCUUUUUUUUUUCAUUUCAAGAGCUGUGGUAGGCUGGUGGGUGUUGUUCCAAACUCAGAGAAAGCAAGCAGGAAGGGAUGGAGCUCACCAACAUCCCCUAUCUUGCAUCAUCUUCCUCCUCCAGCAUCUUCUACUCCAGCUACAGCCGCUGUACCUGCAGGGGCAAAAAGGCUGGGAACCUGGUGAUAACAGCUUCUGCAGCUGGUGGUAGGUGUGCUGCUGAUUUGGCAUGUUCACAGCUUGUUGAGCAAGAAAAUAAAGACGCCCUUUCAGGUCCUAGAUCUUCCUGGCAUUAUAGAAGGAGAGAGUUUGCUUCUGCCAUUUUGCUCCCUUUUCUGCUUCCUCAUGUUGAUGUCUCAAGCGCGGCUGAGACAUACAAUGAAUCAAUCAUUCGAAGUGGCGUGAGGACUGUCUUAACCAAGGCCAAGGCUGCUGGCGUGCUUCGUUUGGUUUUCCAUGAUGCAGGGACUUUUGAUGUUAGUGACAAAUCAGGUGGCAUGAAUGGCUCUAUAAUAUAUGAAGUUGACAGGCCUGAAAAUACUGGGCUAAAUAGAUCCAUAAAGAUAUUAGGAAAAGCAAAAGCAGGAAUCGAUGAUAUUCAGAAAGUGUCAUGGGCGGACUUGAUUGCUGUGGCUGGUGCUGAGGCAGUUGCGCUCUGUGGUGGGCCUGAAAUUCCAGUAAGGCUAGGACGAUUAGAUUCCAGUACUGCUGAUCCAGCUGGUAAGCUCCCUGAAGAGACAUUGGAUGCAGCUGCUCUAAAAACAUUAUUCAGCACAAAGGGUUUUUCACCGCAGGAGAUGGUUGUUUUAUCUGGUGCACACACAAUUGGAGGCAAAGGAUUCGGGAGUCCAAUCGUUUUUGACAACACCUACUUCAAAGUGCUCCUUGAGAAGAAGCCUCAAACAUCUUCAUCUGGCAUGGAAGCAAUGGUGGGGCUGCGCACGGAUUGGGCACUCACUGAAGAUGACGAGUGCUUAAGAUGGAUUAGGAUAUAUGCAGAGGACCAAGCUAGAUUUUUCGACGACUUCAGGGAUACAUACAUCAAGCUGGUAGAUAGUGGAGCCACGUGGAGAACAGCUUAAUUAGAAUUUUCCAUGGCUGUAAAAUGCAAUGAAUUUUUCCUAUAUAGGCAGAGGCUCGUUCGAAACAUACGAGUUUCAUAGAAUUUUUUUUACCAAAAACAGAGCAGUUUUUUCCAGGCAAAAUGCCAAUUGAACACAAAAGACGCAGUCUCUUGUAAACUAACUAGCAUUUUGGAACACCAAUGAGUUGCAAUUCUCAAACCAGAUAGAUGAUC